AUGUUUGACGAUCGAGAUCUGGGCUUCUUUGCAAAUUUCCUGGGGAUCUUUAUAUUUGUAUUGGUAAUAGCAUUUCACUAUGUGAUGGCUGAUCCAAAGUAUGAGGGCAACUAAACCAUCUCCUCCAAUUUUCUUCUCCAUGGAAUGUAUUGGUCGAGGGUAGGAGAAAGCCAGAUCUGGGCUCAUCGACUCAUGGAUUCGACCCAAGCUGAGGCAAGCUUUCGAGUCUCUUGACCUAGUAGCU